UUAGCUUUACCCAUACAUUCAUUCUUCACAUUCGCGGUUGCGCACUCCAUAUCAGUAGGCGGCGCUGUGCUACGAACCGUCGACGCCGAGCAAGAGAUCAUCUCUGCUGUUGUGAAAGCGCUCUGCGAGUGAGAAUCUCAGCACCGAACAGACGAGUGUGGCACUGAUACGCCUAAAGUUGUGAGCGAGAAGCUGCAACGCAAUGGAGGUUGACAAUAAAGAAACCGAGAGCCCUCUGCCUAACGGCAGCACCCAUCCGCCCAAACGUGGACGAGGCCGACCACGAGGGUCACUCAAAAAGAAGCCCACAGCCGAGGAAGCACCGAGAAAUAAUGCCAGGCCAUUGAAAAAGGUGGACUUCUUCUCUCCUGAAGUAGCCAUAAAGGCCAAGGUGAAGAAACGAGGUCGACCAAAGAAGAUAAAAAUGCCUGGCAGGCCGAGAAAGGUCCCGCUCACGCCUGAGGAAGAGUCGGAGAGGCUUCAAAGGUUGAGUUUACAGCGCAAGCGGAGACUGUCAAAGCCCCUUGGAAGGCCACGCAUUCAUCCCGUCAGUGACGGUUCCAAGGCUAAAAGGGGACGAGGAAGACCACGCAUUAAUCCCGUCGCUGAAGGCCGCAGUGGAAAACCUGGACGAGGCCGACCACGCGGGUCACUCAAUAAGAAGCUCACCGCCAAUAAAGUGGGCAGACCAUCGAAAAAGGGGGACGACUUUUCUCCUGUGGUGAAACGUGGUCGACCAAAGAAGAUAAAAUUACCCGGCAGGCCGAGAAAGAUCCCGCUCACGCCUGAGGAAGAAUCAGAGAGACUUCAAAGGUUGAGUUUGCAACGCAAGCAGAGACUGUCAAAGCCGCUCGGAAGACCACGCAUUCAUCCCGUCUCCGAAGGUCCCAAGGUAAAAAGAGGAAGAGGAAGACCACGCAAGUACGCUGCCAAAUCCGGUUCGCAAAGCAGCGAAGAGAAACCAGCCAGUGGCGCCAGCGGCGAAACUGGCGAAACCGGCCCUAAUGCCGACAACGGCCCUCCACGCAAGAGAGGGCGACCAUCAGGCUCCCUGAAGAAAAAGAGGGGCCGGCCCGCAGGUUCUGCCAAGGCUGUAAGCGAAGAAAAAGAGGGAGGCCCGACCCCCGUCAAGUCUGAUGCGCAGGCGGCGCUGUGCGACGAACCGGCGACGACGAGCGAGGGACGAAGAAGAACUGGCAUUGCCUUUCAAAUAAUCACAGUCGCCCGCCCACUGUCCGAUGCUGUUUGCAUCGAAAAUAUUGUCGAAUGCAUGAAAAAGAUCAUCUCUGCUGUUGUGAAAGCGCUUUGCGACUGCAACGCGAUGGAGGUUGAGAAUAAAGAAGGAUCCGAGAGCCCUUUGCCUAACGGCAGCACCCAUCCACCCAAACGUGGACGAGGCCGACCACGAGGGUCACUCAACAAGAAGUUCACUACCGAGAAAGCGCCGACACACAACGCCAGGCCGUCGAAAAAGGUAGACUUCUUUUCUCCCGAAGUAGUCAUAAAAGCCAAGGUGAAGAAACGUGGUCGACCAAAGAAGAUAAAAAUGCCCGGCAGGCCGAGAAAGAUCCCGCUCACACCUGAGGAAGAAUCAGAGAGACUUCAAAGGUUGAGUUUACAGCGCAAGCGGAGACUGUCAAAGCCCCUCGGAAGACCACGCAUUCACCCUAUAGGCGAAGGUACCAAGGUAAAAAGGGGAAGAGGAAGACCACCCAAGUAUGGUGCCAAAUCUGGUGCAGACAAACAAGCUAGUGUGGAAAUCAGCCUUGAUUCCGCCAACGGCCCUCCACGAAAGAGAGGGAGGCCGUCGGGCUCCCUGAAGAGAAAGAGGGGUCGGCCCGCAGGUUCUACUAAGGUUGCCAAAAUCGCCAGGGCCUCAGAUGGAACCCCAAAAAAGAGAGGCCGCCCUCCGGGCUCUCCCAACAAGGCAAAGAAGAUUCAGCGGGCCGACGGAUCUCCUCGUAAAAGAGGCCGACCCCCAGGUACCGGCGCCGGCCCCAAACCGAAGGUCAUUCAGCGAAACCCCGACGGAACUCCUCGCAAGAGAGGCCGACCUCCAGGUACUGGCAAAAAGGUGAAGGCUGUCGAAAAGAAAGUCGGUGACUCUCCCCGCAAGAGAGGUCGACCUCCAGGUACCGGCAAAGUCAAGGCUCGCAGCGCGGAAGGCGGAGAGGCGGAAGGCGAGAACGCAGAUGGCGCACCGCGUCGCAAGAGGGGACGUCCAAGCAAAGUCAGACUCGCGGUCGUGCUCGAAAAACUCCCCACGGAUGAAGACGAAGAGGAGACAGACGCACCCUCUCCCAAACAGUCCCGCACCUCUGACGAUUCGUCGCAAAAUCCGAACGAUGACGACGAAGACACCAGGGCGAGCGAGAACGACGCAGACCCAGAGGACGAAGAGGAAGACGAUGACGAAGACGACGCCAUUGAUUGUUCAAAAGUGAACAACACGAGUGAGAACGAGAUGGUGGGCAAAUUCAAAAAAAAGAAAUAAAACAAAGAUAAGGGGCUUCAGUUAAAAUUGGUGGGUAUAUUUUUCGAAGGGUUUUAAUAGGCUAUGUCAAUAAUUUUUUUUUUUUUGCCUUUUUUUUUAAAUCUGACAAAUGUGUGCUUUUGAUGUUGCCUGCCAUGCCAGACUGUAUUUUUUUUUUUUUUUUUUUUUUUUUCCUUUUUUUUUUUUUUUUUUUUUCCUCUCUCCGUUACUUUGAAGCUCAUUUGCUCAUUUGAGCACAACUGACUUUUUGUUUUGUUUUGCAUGGAAAAAAUAUUUUGUCUGCAUUAUUUGAAGCAUGCAAACUCGAAGGACAAGUAUGUAGCCUGUUAACAUCAUGGGAUCCAAAAAGAUGAUGCACAAUUAACGGUUCCAUUGAAAACCAUGCUAAGCACACCUUAUUUGUUACCAAUGGCUUGUGCCAAUAAUUUCAGAGCAACUACCAAACCAGACUGUUUCAGAUGUAGUAUCUCCAUACCUGUGCAGUAGUCUGUGUGCACAGGAUUUUAAAGUAUUCAAGGCUAAUUUUUAAACCUAAAGCGCCCGGAUGGUUUUUAGUCGAUGUAGUGGUGGUUGCAGCUUUUUCGAGGAUGAUGGUUAAAGUACGUCUUUGCUGUAGUUUUAUUAUUUCUUUUAUCAUCGUCGGUUCGUUCAUAUUUCAACUCUGUAAAAUCAGUCCCGCCGAGUUCAGUGUUUUAUAGUGAAACGGUCUUAUUUUAUGCUUUGUAUCAUCAGAUCUUUGUCUGAUAGUUCAGUCCUAUAUAGGUGUUGAGUGCUUAGUUUACGACACCCCCUCAUUUUGCUAAACUAUUGUGAUUGCUUCGUUUUUAAGACAUGCCGUUGUUUUUAAAAAUGUGAAUACAUACAAAUUCUGCUACGACGAUAGGCUCAUGGAUCCUGGUUUUUAAUUUUCAUAUCACUUAUGGCUUUUUAUAUACAUUUCUUGUUGCUCCUGUCUUUUUGAACUCUUUCCCCCUCAUGUAACCGUUUUUGUUUUCCCUCGUUGAUUUGCUUAGUUUGUGUAAAAGCGUAGACCUCUCUUGCUAUAAACUGUAGAUCUUGUCUUGAUUAAUUUUCAUGUAUGAUUUAGUUUUAAUCUGUAUGUACCAGUAGAUGCUGAAAACAGGUUGUUUUAGCUGAGAUCUUGCAUCUAGAAAUGUUCUUUCAUGUUAAUAAAACAGUUACUGUUCAGACAUGAUGGUUCAAUAGGCAUUAAGUGCAUUUCAUGUACACGCUUUUGAAUUAGGUUACUCAUCUGUGCUGUAGUACGAAACAUUUCUGUAUCGCCGCUUUGUAUGAUUCAUUUCACUUUGUGAUUUGGAUGAGCAUUGUUGCUGAUUAAUAACCAAUUAAAUCAUACCAUAUUCACCAA